AUGGGGUGGCAAUCUUGGGACGUCGUAACAAUAACAGACCAGUCAACUCCGUCUGAAGUACCCACUAAACCAAGUAUUGGCGGCGACCUGGAGACGUCCGUUGACUGGUGGAAUGUUACUAAACCAGAGGAAAAGGUCGAUUUCUCCAGUCUUCCCUUGGACACAUGGUCGCCUACUUUGCCCCAUGACACUGGCUUAUCUGAGAUAGCCGUUACUCGUUGCGUUAUCAACCCGGAGGUGGGAGGAGAUCUUUGUGCACCAGACACCACCAGUGAGCAAGACGCCAUUAAAGGCAAAUGGGUCCGAGUUCCUCGUAAUCUCAACCUCGAAGCUGGCUAUCUCUCUGGGUGGCUCAACAUCUACUACCGUCGAACAAGGCGACAGGAUAUCAACUUGAUCACCGAAAUUCGAUUAUAUCCCCAAAACGAGCAACCCCCAACCUUGGAUGGUUGGCACAAAGCGCAAACAUCUUUGAGAGCAGGAAUACGAGGACUUCCUCCACUUUUCCUAUGGUACAAGACUGGGAAAACAUCCGGCGAUAUGUCCCCUGAAGAAAAGAUGAACAUAAUUACAGAGCUUGAUGUGCUGUAUGGAGAAGACACCCCAUGGUACGGCUUCGAAAAGCUGGAUCCACCUACUAUUGCACAGCAGAGUAAAGUCGAGGCGACCUGGAUAACAUACAGACGAGGCGUGAAAAUUCCUCCUCGUGCUCCGCCUUUGCACUUUUCCCACUCUGGGAAGUUCAAAGUGCUUCAGGUUGCAGACCUUCAUUUCUCUGUUUCUCAGGGAUUCUGUCGAGACACAAUACUAUCGCCCUGUGAACACUCCGAUAACCUAACGAACACGUUGAUAUCUCAUGUUAUUGAUCAAGAGAAGCCCGAUUUGAUUGUCUUCACGGGUGAUCAGCUGAACGGCCAAGGAUCUUCAUGGGAUCCGAAAUCUGUCCUUGCCAAAUUUUCCAAAGCAGUCACUGCAAAAGGCGUGCCGUGGGCAGCUGUCUUCGGCAACCACGAUGAAGAAGAUGGAAUGGCUAAGGAACAACAAGUCACGUUAAUGAAGUCACUGCCAUAUAGUCUUGUUGAAAGAGGUCCAAAGGAUGUGCACGGUGUUGGAAAUUAUGUGUUGAAAGUAUUCAGCCCUGAUCCAUCCAAAACGCAUACUCUUACUCUAUACUUCUUAGAUUCCGGCUCGUACUCGAAAGGCGUCCUCGAUUGGUUUGGCUUUUUCAAACCAACCGAAUAUGACUGGAUACAUGUCUCCAAAGCAUCGAUACGUCAGAUCGAACGACCUUUUACUCCGGAUACUGGUAAGGAUUUGGGAUCUGUUUGGGGUAGACAAGACGAUCAGGUCAUUCCUGGUACUCGAAGACUCGCAAAACCAAAUGCGUUGAUGUUUUUCCAUAUGCCUUUACCCGAGACGUACCUCAAGGCAGACAUAAACCCCAACACAGGAAAAGCUCUCGAUGUGGGUGUGAGUGGCCAAGAGCCACCAGGAAAUGCAAAGAGCAACGACGGAUUCUUCGAAAAGGGAAUUUUGAAGGCUAUGGAAAGUAACCAUGUGUCUAACCGAAACGCUCUCGAGGUUAAAGCCAUCGGAAACGGACACUGUCAUAUCACUGAAAACUGCCGACGUGUCAAAGGUGUCUGGUUUUGCUUUGGAGGCGGUGGAUCCUACUCCGGCUACGGCAAGAUUGGUUUUGACAGACGAUUUAGAAUUUAUGAUGUUUCCGAUUUUGGAGAGACAAUCAAAACCUAUAAGCGUACGGAGAAAGAUGAGAUCAUUGACGAGAUGAUUCUUACCGGGAAAGGAGCCCCUCCUCUGCCUUCAUAG